AUGAGCACACGAGCCCUGACAUCGGUUCCCAUCACCAACUCGACCCUGAUCCGGAGCAGGAAUUCCGUCAGGCUGGUCAGAUGCAGUGCUGUGGCAUCUAUUCACGCUAUACCUUGCAGCCCUAUCCAAGUGCGGAUGUUCUGGGGUCGAGGCUGGAAGUAUGCCUGGUAUCAUAACCGCCACAACCGAGUAGAUCGAAAAGAAGUUCUGCACGAUCUCGCAAAAGAUUAUCGUGGACAAUACGUGCUCAUCAAACGAAUGGUUAGCCGCAGGCCGGGACAACAACGGUUUUGGAAAAACUGGAAUGAUUCUUUGAAACAAUUUCACCGUGAACGAGACGAUAUCUGGCGCGACUCAAGAAGACAUCGGAACUACUGGGAUGGCGACUUGAGUGAACUCGUGAAAAAGAUUGAGAGGGAUCCAUAUAACUUUCUCUUUGGCAGGAGUAACGAGUACCUGCAAAUGGGGAAGGGCUGGUCCUCUUUUUGUCGCUCGUUCCUGAACCAUGAAGCAUCUUCAGAAGCGAAACGGGCUACGUUUGCGGUGCAAGAGCACUCAGUGAAGAGCACUCCUGUUGAUGUCCCUCCCAAAACGUCAACGGAAAAGGCAGACGAUGAUGUUGUUACCAUAAAAGCAUAUAAACCUUCUGACAUCAAUGGUCUUCAUUACGACCCUAUUAGCGGUCGAAUGAAACCGGUCGAGCAACCAGCUACAGAAGUGGUACGAGACGAAACAAAAGAUGACAGUGGUGUCACCAAUAUCCCGGUCAAAGCCUUCACCGGCGGAGCCAACUAUGAUAAUACCAAAGUUCUGGAACAGGAGUCCCCCAAACUCAAAGAUACUGUAGCACCGACGCAAGAUGCUAGGUCUCAGGUCAUCAAGGAGAAUGUUUUUUACAUGGCAGGCCCAACGGAAGACAGUGCGAUGACCUUGACAGACACCUCAAGUACUUCCACCCCAAAGUUACAACCGUUGAAAGAUGCACCAAAUACGCAGAAGAAGAAGCUCCUCUACGAGCCGAAAGAAAUAACGGAAGGUGAUGUUGACUUGCUUUGUGCAAGUGAUAUUCGGGCAUCCUUCUUUGCCGGUGAGACCAAACAGGCAUUAGCUGAGAAAAAGAUGCAGGCCAGGAAAGCCAUGGAAAAGGAUUACUUUUUGGCUAUUAGUCAGAAUAUUGACAAUGAAAUCCUUCAAGGCUUGAGACAAAAGAAAGAUUCCAAUCUUGGGAAAGAUACUACCGUCGAUACUAAAACCCCGACAGGCACGCUGGAAAGACCUCGUCUAGAAUAUAUUCCACAAGCCGAGAAGCUGGAGGCGACAUAUCAAGGAGAAGAUAGCGAUGCAGAACAUGUCAGUAACGCCACCAUCACGAGGAAUGCACUGAGGAAAUCUCUUGAUGAACUUCUCGAAGACACAAGACGUUUUAUUAACGAAGCCCAACUCCUCGCCAACGAUAUACAAAAGUCAUGCGAAAGAGUAGAAGCAACUGCAAAUACUUCUUUGGAUACACUGCGUAUUCUCGCAGUUGACUCUGGCAGUUCUCGGGUUGUCUGCGCCGAGACGACAUCAUCGAUGCAUGCAAAUGAACCAAUCCGUCAUGCGUCAGAUGUACUAUUACAUCUGAACAACCCAGCAAAGUUCCUUCCAUACUUUCCAAAAAUGAAGGAAGACGGAUACGAAAUUGUUUCGGGUGGUGGUGAUAUCCUCAUAUUCCGAAAGAUGGUCACCAAUGGAUCAGAGAGUACAAUGACCGGAUCUGCAGAUAUUGAACGCCUUACGCUGUUAAAGGAUGACAAAGCUGGUUCAAGUACCGACACUCUCUUUUCUAGAGAUAGCUACUCAUCAUCACAACCUUCAACCGGUAAAGACAGAUCAGAUUCAAGAAUAGUACACAGACAAGAGACUAUAUUCACAGGAGGUCCCCCGAACUGGUCACCAUAUCAUCCUCCUUCAUCCUCUAACCCGCCCACUAGCAGCGCCGCAGAGGAACCCGAAUAUACGCAGGCUGAACCUUCAACCAGAUCAUCAACAGCCUCUAGAUUAGGCAAAGGCCUCCGACGGAUCGUCUUGAGCGGCGUCGCAACCGCAGGAACGUUUUAUGCCAUUGGAGUUGUAUGUGAAUACUUCUUGACAGGUGGCCAAGACGGUCUGGGUCCGGAGGGCUUUACCGAAUUUGAAGCUGAGCGACGACGACGUGAGUAG